AUGAAUUGGGACAGUCCUCUGGUAUCAGUAGAGCCAGGCUGUAGACUUGGACGGAGGCAGCAGCAGCGUUGGGGAGCAGCGGGGGCGUACCAGACCGAGGAACACCAUGCCCAGAGGUCCAGUGAGCUGUCUGAGGGGCUGCUGUCCAAGGCUCUGAGAGACGUGAGGUCUGGUCGUCUCCAGGAGAACAGAGCUGCCCUUCUCUACGGGAUCCCCCUUGAAAUCCUGCGCUCAGAGCUGGGGGAGGAUGUGACGACGGCGGCGGCGCACGGCGAGGAGGUGCGGCUGGUGUUGCAGAGGGUGGCGGCCUGGGCGGAGCUGGGAGCGAGGGAGGAGAACGGAGAGAUGCUCUUCCUUCCCUCCUCUUCGUCUUCCCCUGCACUACCACCCCCACCACACCAUGGCACCACCACCACUAAUAUCGCUGCUACCUCUUCCUCUCUGCUGAGACUCCACCGCUCCCUCCUGCCCUCCCUCGACCUGCCUGACCUCUCACCCCACCACCGCUGCUCCUCAUUGGAUGAUCCUGAGGAAGGGGCGGAGCAUAGCGGGGAGAACAAGCAGUCCAGGAAGAGGCGCGGGCGCUACCGGCAGUACAACCACGACCUGCUAGAAGAGGCUAUCACCAUGGUGAUGGGGGGCAGGAUGAGCGUUUCCAAGGCCCAGGUGGUUUAUGGGAUACCUCACAGCACGCUGGAGUACAAGGUCAAAGAGCGCAAUGGAACCCUCAAGAUACCGCCCAAGAGGAGGCCCGUCAUCGUCACGACUACGACCGCACGGCAACCGCCGGACUCUGCCGGGUUCCACCGACUCAGGGACUAACGCUGCCACCAACAGGUUCUAGACUACAGAACAUUCGAGUCUAGAACCGACAACACUUUGAACUCCUCUCAACCUCCAACAGAACAGGAGAAUGUUUUGUGGGUCCAAUACAGAUUUUAUAAAAACUUCAUAAAUACUUCAUAAAUACUUCAUAAGUACUUGGUGCGUUUGGUUUGGUUUUCGCUUGACAUGCCGAGUUUGUAGAUUUCUGGACUUCUGGUACCAUUUGUUGCCUCAUCGAAGUAAAUCGAGCACACCUCCAUCUAUUUGACCAAUGUAUCAUAUUGACCCCCAGGUCUGAUGUUAAUCACAAGGCCUUUAUAAAAACAGACAGUUACAUUCAGGUCCCUGUGUGUCCAUGCAGACCAGGUUAUAUUACCCAGAAAUAGACUAUAAAACGAGAACGGCACUCUUCACGUCAGGUGUCUUUUGGUAUUAUUUAUUUAUAGCCCUUUUUUCUCCCCAAUUGGUAGUUACAGUCUUGUCUCAUCGCUGCAAGUCCCGGUCGAGAGCCAUGCGUCCUCCGAAACAUGACCCCCAACCAAGCCACACUGCUUCUUUGACACAGCGCACAUCCACAUCCAACCCGGAAGCCAGCCGCACCAAUGUGUCGGAGGAAACACCGUUACACCUGGCGAGCUGGUCAGCGUGCGCUGCGCCCGGGCCCGUCACAGGGGUCACGAGAGCGCGAUGAGACAAGGAUAUCCCAGCCGGUCAAAACCCUCCCCUAACCCGGACGACGCUGGGCCAAUUGUGCGCCGCCCCAUAGACCUCCCGGUCGCGGCCGCCUGCGACAGAACCCGGGCUUGAACCCAGAAUCUGUGGUGGCCUUCGACCACAGCGUCACCCGGGAGGCCCCUAAGUCAGGUGUAUUUUAAAUCCAAUCUUCAGGUCAGCUGCUUGUCCAUGUCUACCUGGUAGUUAAUUUGUCCCUGGUUUGGCCAGAGAGUCCACUGUACUGGACCUAGUUAAAGAUUCACAUAAGAUUGUAUACGGACGGAUGUUAUAUACAGCGUUGAUCCUCUGUCUUUUAAAUGUUCCUCACUGCUGCUGUAAACUCCCAUCUCUCUCUGUUUUCUAUCAUCUCUGGUAUUGGGCAUCUCAGAAGGAGCCGUUGUAUUAGCUAUUGAUCUCUCUCUCUGUUUUCUAUCAUCUCUGGUAUUGGGCAUCUCAGAAGGAGCCGUUGUAUUUAGCUAUUGAUCUCUCUCUCUGUUUUCUAUCAUCUCUGGUAUUGGGCAUCUCAGAAGGAGCCGUUGUAUUAGCUAUUGAUCUCUCUCUCUGUUUUCUAUCAUCUCUGGUAUUGGGCAUCUCAGAAGGAGCCGUUGCUAUUGGACCAAAACACAAUUUUCAGGGUGUUGGGGGGGGUUUCUGUAAUUCCUCCCACUUAAUGCUGCUCUUUCAUUAACCUCUCAGCCUGUCUAUCUCUGGUCUCAUAACGUCUCUGGUCUCACAACGUCUCUGGUCUCACGUCGUCUCUGGUCUCACAACGUCUCUGGUCUCACAACGUCUCUGGUCUCACAACGUCUCUGGUCUCACGUCGUCUCUGGUCUCACAACGUCUCUGGUCUCACAACGUCUCUGGUCUCACAACGUCUCUGGUCUCACAACGUCUCUGGUCUCACGUCGUCUCUGGUCUCACGUCGUCUCUGGUCUCACAACGUCUCUGGUCUCACAACGUCUCUGGUCUCACAACGUCUCUGGUCUCACAUCGUCUCUGGUCUCACAACGUCUCUGGUCUCAUAACGUCUCUGAUCUCACAACGUCUCUGGUCUCAUAACGUCUCUGGUCUCACAACGUCUCUGGUCUCACAACGUCUCUGGUCUCACACCGUCUCUGGUCUCAUAACGUCUCUGGUCUCACAACGUCUCUGGUCUCACAACGUCUCUGGUCUCACAACGUCUCUGGUCUCAUAACGUCUCUGGUCUCACAACGUCUCUGGUCUCACAACGUCUCUGGUCUCACAACGUCUCUGGUCUCACAACGUCUCUGGUCUCACAACGUCUCUGGUCUCACAACGUCUCUGGUCUCACAUCGUCUCUGGUCUCACAACGUCUCUGGUCUCAUAACGUCUCUGAUCUCACAACGUCUCUGGUCUCAUAACGUCUCUGAUCUCACAACGUCUCUGGUCUCAUAACGUCUCUGGUCUCACAACGUCUCUGGUCUCACAACGUCUCUGGUCUCAUAACGUCUCUGGUCUCAUAACGUCUCUGGUCUCAUAACGUCUCUGGUCUCACAACGUCUCUGGUCUCAUAACGUCUCUGGUCUCAUAACGUCUCUGGUCUCAUAGCGUCUCUGGUCUCAUAACGCCUCUGGUCUCAUAACGUCUCUGGUCUCAUAACGUCUCUGGUCUCAUAACGUCUCUGGUCUCACAACGUCUCUGGUCUCACAACGUCUCUGGUCUCAUAACGUCUCUGGUCUCACAACGUCUCUGGUCUCACGUCGUCUCUGGUCUCACAACGUCUCUGGUCUCAUAACGUCUCUGGUCUCACAACGUCUCUGGUCUCAUAACGUCUCUGGUCUCACACCGUCUCUGGUCUCACAACGUCUCUGGUCUCACAACGUCUCUGGUCUCACAACGUCUCUGGUCUCAUAACGUCUCUGGUCUCAUAACGUCUCUGGUCUCAUAACGUCUCUGGUCUCACAACGUCUCUGGUCUCACAACGUCUCUGGUCUCACAACGUCUCUGGUCUCAUAACGUCUCUGGUCUCACAACGUCUCUGGUCUCACAACGUCUCUGGUCUCACAUCGUCUCUGGUCUCACAACGUCUCUGGUCUCAUAACGUCUCUGAUCUCACAACGUCUCUGGUCUCAUAACGUCUCUGGUCUCACAACGUCUCUGGUCUCAUAACGUCUCUGGUCUCACAACGUCUCUGGUCUCACAACGUCUCUGGUCUCAUAACGUCUCUGGUCUCACAACGUCUCUGGUCUCAUAACGUCUCUGGUCUCAUAACGUCUCUGGUCUCAUAACGUCUCUGGUCUCACAACGUCUCUGGUCUCACAAGAUUCCUGUAUGAACCUCUACUUUCUCAACGACCACCCUGUGAAGGAUAACAACAAGCCAUUUACUGCUGAUUGGAACAGAAGGAUGUUUGUUUUUUUAACGGGACCUGAGACAUCUUUGUGUUGUUGUCACCCUCACUGAAUCCUCUUCUCUUAAACCUACAGAGUUUAAGAGACACUAUGAAGCCUAUAAGGUGCAUUUUUAAAGGGACACUUACAGGAUAUGAUCUAUUUUCCCCAGAGUCAGGUGAACUCGCGGAUACCAUUUUUUUAUAUGUCCGUGUGCAGUUUGAAAGAAGUUGCUAACUAGCGUUAGCGCAAUGACUGGACGCCUAUGGGAACAGCUACCAUUCUAGUAGGGGCAACGACUGGAAGUCUAUGGGGAUCGGAUCACAUGCUAGCAGAUACACAUAGACUUCCAGUCAUUACACCUACUAGAAUGCUAGUAGAUACCCAUAGACGUACAGUCAUUGCGCUAACGCUAGUUAGCAUCGGCUCACAAAACUACCUCGAACUACCUUCACAUUGGACUCAGGGACAUAAAAAUGGCAUCCACGCGUUCAUCCGGGGAAGUAAAUAACUAAUGCCGACGUCCCGAAGUAUCCCUUGAAGUUCCGUCGAGCCUAGCGCUGGGCGGGUAUUCCGUAUGUUGUUAUAUACCGGUGUUGAAGCUCGGACGGGUUGAGUUUUCACUCUGCCUUCUGUAACGUUUUUUUCAGUGUUUGGUUUGUUAAAUGUAAUACGCAACUCCGACGCGUAUAAUUUCCGUUUUAUAGUUCAAUUCGUUAUGCUUCUUGAGUCAUCGUUCUCCCUCUCCUGCAUGGGUUAGGGUUAGACUCACCCUCGUUCUCCCUCUCCUGCAUGGGUUAGGGUUAGGGUUAGACUAACCCUCAUUCUCCCUCUCCUGCAUGGGUUAGGGUUAGACUCACCCUCGUUCUCCCUCUCCUGCAUGGGUUAGGGUUAGGGUUAGACUCACCCUCGUUCUCCCUCUCCUGCAUGGGUUAGGGUUAGACUAACCCUCGUUCUCCCUCUCCUGCAUGGGUUAGGGUUAGACUAACCCUCAUUCUCCCUCUCCUGCAUAGGUUAGGG